CCUCUCGCCGGGCAAGGAAACCGCCGCCGCGUGUUCCGCUGGCUACGCCGCCUCCGACCUCUCCCGCAUCCGCCAUGGCGGAGCCGAGAGUCAGAGGCCGAGCUCCCCGGAGCACUGACCCCACCUGGCCGGAGCGGGCGGAGGCGCUGACCCAUGUCCUAACCAACCCCUCCCACUCGCCGUCGCUCCACUCGCAGCUUUUCCUCGCGUCCCGCGUGCCGUGCCCGCCCGCGGGCUCCACCUACCCGCCGUUCCUCUGCCCCGGCGCCGGCCUCCUACGGUGGGCGCUCGCCUCCGUGUUCCUUCCGCGCGUCGCCAGGCUCUGCCUCCCUCCGUCGUCGUGGCGCUCCCGGUGCCCCUUCCAGCUCCCGCCGCCGAUCGUGUCCUCCAUCGGCAUCGAGCAGGCGCCGGAGCGGUGGAGCGAGGCGGAGCUCCGGGCUUACGCUCGGCGGCAGCGGGUGCUGAGGGGGCCCAUGAGGGCGCGGCCGCCGCACUCCGUCGCGGGGGCGGUGCUCACCAUCGUGCCCAACGUCGUCAUCGUCGCGGCGGUCAUCCGCGAGCUGUUCUGGGUCCGGCCGAACCGCAUCUGAGCCAUUGAGGUACACCGAUGUCCACAGCUGUGAUGGGGGUUUCGUGAACUGUGGCACAGUGCAUUGUGCGAAUGCACUUAUCAUGAUCGUGUAUCACGGUAGCAACUUAUAGCUGCAAAAUGUUCACAACCUGCAAGAUUGGGACGCUGUUUUGCAAUUGGUCCUCUCUAUCCUGGGCUAGAUAUUGCAAGUGCAGUUUAUGUGAUUUUCUGAUUCUCUCCACGUUGAGGAUGUUGUAUACUGCUUUAGCAUUUGCAAAGCAGUUAAAUUAAGAGUCAUGAGUCAUCUGAAUCUUUAACAUUUAAGUUGCUGGUACUUGACAACGCAGGCUCCAUUAUAGCUCAACAUAGAUUGUAUCAGAUAUUAGUGAUUUGGUAAUUAGUGCUGCAGUGCUUUGCAACCGUCUGAAUUCCUUCUUUAUUGAAGCAGAGUAGUACAUGAGAGCUAUAGAUUCAUGCUGAAGUACUAGAUGCCAUGGAUAUCUCUCUACAUAUGGAGCGUGCGCUAUCUCUUUUCAGACUGUUGAUUAUUUAUGGCGAGGUGCCCACUGGCCACUACUGAUGUUGCAAUUGGGGGCAGGAGGCACUAUGAUCUCAAGUUCUCGACAGACAACAGCUCUAUCAGGCAUCUGGAUCGGCUUAUGCGUGGAGCCCAUUUGGCGAGUCCGCUUGGAUGCCGUUGCCACUAUCCUUUGCACCAUCUUCAUAUUGAAGGAAGCCUCGUAAUUUCCCUCUGCUAGCAAAUUGAUCUUUUCAGAUUGGCAUUGGGCAAUGGAGCAAUGGAGUUGCUGAGCAUACACUGCUUCCCUCUCUGAUUCUCUAAUCGUGAAAAUACUAUGUAUGUUCCUUGAGAUGAAUUACAUUCAGGUCCACCACAUAUUGUACUGGCUGCUUACUGCUCCUGUCAUUGGGCAGAUAUAUUUCUGGGAUAUGCUACCAAGGUGAAUUGGUGAAGUAUAUCUUGCUGUUUGUGUUGAGGACCAAUGCAGUCAUGCAUUCCUGAAUAUCCAGUAGAAAAAUUUGCUAUGUAUUGGUUUGGCAUACAGCAAUUGGACGAAGCACAAAGUUUCUGUCAUCUUCCAUGUCGAAAUCCGCCAUUGGAUUAAUCUCUUGCCAUGAGGCAGUUGCUCCUGAGGCGAGUUGGAUGAAUGGAGGGAGGGAGCGCGGAGCGCCGAUCAGGGGGGUGAGGCAGUCUGCUGGUGCAAUAACAGUGAUCCUGUUGAAUCAGAAAUCAAAGUGCAGGAGAAGAUUUUGUUGUCCAUGGAUCUGAAGCUGAAUACAAUAUCACAAUAGGUGUGGAUCGUGAGUUAUUCAUGCCCUGAGUAGCCAAAAAGAUUAAUUUGGACUUCAGAGUGCAUAGUUGACAUGGAACAGAGAUGACUCUGAAUCAUGAUUUCUGGCUUUAGCUACGGUUGUGGUGUUCAAGAUGAUUUUCUACCUAGCUUUUCUGGAUUCUAGAAGAGUAGAAGACUGGUUGGAAAUGUUUGACGUGUUAAAUUUACAAAGGACACCCAAGCAGGUCACUGGAGACCUAUGAGUAACUGCAUGUUCUUUUCCAGGUUCUUAUCUGGCUACCAACUUACCAAGGCAGUAACAAUGGCGCCUGUGCCUCACGGUGCAAUGUCUCUCGAAGGGCUAAGGAAGGCCACCCUGAAUUUAUUCCUUCUACAGCGGCUGUCCAAUUUCAAGGUGUAUUAUUCUUGUUCUUGUCUGGGAGGUAGGUCCUUGGCUGUCUAGCUACAGCCCACAAGGCUUUUAUUGUAAUCAACCUUUUCUUCUUGAUGCAAAAGUCAGCGAUCUUGCCUGUUCUCUUUAAGUUGGCAUGCAAAUAUCUCAGUUUGGAAGAAGUGCGCAUGCAUUUGUUUCUGAUCAAACCAUGUUUGCUCUGUAAAUCAUUUCGAGUUGAGACCUUUCAUUGAAACAAAGAGUUGGAGAGCUCAGAGAAAGUUCAGGUGAAGUUCUGUAAGUACUAUCUGUGUAGAUUACUUUGGAGAACAAUUUGUUGACAAAUUUUAGCAUGCAUGAGAGUCGAGCACGGUGGCGACUCGUGAUUUGGCAUGACUUCUGAAUUCUGCCCAUUGAUUAGAAUCACGCAUUUGUGGUGGAAAGGAUGCAACACUUUGCGGUUGCCAUUCGCCCUCCCGCCUGAUAGGAAAACAAGGUAUCUCGUCUGCUUUCAAACGCUCGUCACAUUUUAAAUAUUUUUGGCCCUUUUAUAAUCUUGGUGU